AUGGCGACAUCAACACUCGACAAGGACGCAGAGACCGUCUACCAUGUCAGCCAUUCACAGCUCGCUUCGAACUAUAUAGCAGAGGCAAACACGCUCGACCAGAAUGAUGCGGAGCUAGCGCAGACCCAUGAGGGAGAAUUCGGUAUGAAGAGAGAUCUCGUGAGUCGUCGGGCUUUGCGAAAGUUGUAA